AUGACCGUGGCCUCCGAGCCAUCCUGUCCAGCAUGCUCCAAAUACGACUAUGAGGAAAAGGUGCUCGAGAGAAUGAUCCGCAUGGAGUUCGCUUUUGAAAAAGUGUUGAAGGAAAACAAAAUUGAAAGCGAAACUGUUGAGCAAGACCUCACGCGGAUCAAGGAAGAAAACGAACACCAAAUCGCUACUCCACUGGUAUACUUCAACGCCUACUCUCCACAGACAAGUAGCCUGUCCACCGGUGAGGUAAUCGUAUACAAGACAGUGGAUACCAACCAGGGCGACGGCUACAGCUCCACCACGGGCAAGUUCACCGCUCCAGCACGGGGACUCUACUUGCUCGUCAUGCACACAUGUACGAAAUCAAAUAACUAUGCUAAUCUUCACAUGUUGAAGGAAGGCUCAGUCCUCAUUGCAAGUGUAUAUUUUGACAAGGACGCUUCUCACUGUUCUAGUAGUCAGGUGUUUGUUCAGCUUGAUGUCGGGGAAACUGUUAGGGAAGACAAUCAUGACCACUGGCCGUACGCAAUACAAAAAAGAUACCAAUGA